AUGGCAGCCCAGCUCCAAGCCCUACUGCGCUUUCUCUCGCAAGAUGCCAAGGUCCCGCUGGCAUCAGCAAUGGGUAAAGUGAAGGAGCUUCAAGCCGCAGGAUUAGACAACGCCCAGAAUAUCUCAAGCGCCAACUUGAAGACUAUACAGUCUAUCUUCAAAGAUGACAAGAUCGCCAAACAAGUUCACAACGCAGCAAAACGCGUGACGAAACAGGGCGAUAAGCGCGCUGCUUCAGAUGAUUCCCCAUCAGCAACAUCUCCUCAGAAAAGAGCGAAAACAGCCUCUGGCAAUAAACUAGAUAGGAAUAUCCCCGCCACGCCUUUCCAAAUUGAAUCCGCACUUUCACUCCCCAUAACUUCGCCCCACGAACAGCCAGAAGAAUACCUUUCUGAUAUAAUCUUAACAACAAAUCGAGCGCCACUGGUCCUCGCCUUUGCUGUAAUUGCGACAAAGUACACAAUGCCCGAACAACCGCUCUCUAGCCGCCUGAGCCUGGCCCAAGCAGUCGUGAGCGCGAACAGUCGCAGCAAAGCCGUGAGUAUUGGGCUUGAGAGUGGACGGAGUGCGGAAGAGGAAGGAUGGGGGAAAGGGCAGCCGACGAUCAAGAUCCUUGGCAGAGAGAUUGCGGUGUUGAAAAGAUGGGAUUAUGAUCCUAACGAGGGGGCGCCGCCGGACGCAGAGGAUCGUCCGGAGGAGUCGCAGAGCACUCUUCCUAGUAGUACCCCUGAUUCGCCGCCGCCACCACCGCCGCCGCUUUGGGGUUUGGAUCUUGAGUCGCUUAGGAGGAAGUCUAAUGAGAGUGGUAAGCCGGCGCAUGGCGGGAGCUCGAAUGAGCCUGGUCUGCCGAUUUAUACCGCAGAGUCGGCGCGGGCGUAUUUACUCAAAUCGUUUAUAAUAGAUAAGAACGAAAAUGCAGGUGACAAUUCAAAAUUGCCAAAGAAAAAGGUGCCCAAACCCGAGUCACCGUUGGAGAAAGAAAGAGCCUUGGGGUUAUUAUUACGAGCCCUUGAUAUUGUGUUUGCGUCAUGGGCGGCUACUCUGUCGCCGGAGGAACUAGAUAAAAGGGCUUGGAUGUGGUAUCUGCGUGUGAGGCCAGAUGUGCAGUCUGGGGUAGCUGGAUGGGGGGAGAAGGGAAAGGUGAAGUUGGCUGAUAUACUAGCGUUGAAGCGAUGA